AUGCCUCGCAGACAUGUCGUCGUCGUGAAUCGCGUGUAUGCGUUCGUUUUCCUUGUUGUUCCGCAUUCCGAUGGGACCAAAGAUCGGCCGAGUUUUGAGAAAUUACUUUCCGCAUUUGAAUGUCUAUUUCCUGGUACAAUAGUCUCGCAAUGCUUUUCCGGUAAGGCAAAAUCCAUUCAAGAUAGAGUGAUAUGUACAGGGUACAUCUCCAAGACUAUGUUGUUCUGGUCUGGUACCAAAGAAUUAAAAUUACUCGGCAGAACGGAGUAAUCUAGCCACUUGAAAGUUGGUGUCAAGUACAAUUGGACGGACGAGUAGCUAUUCAGUUAGCUACAAAACGGCUACAACACAACUCCAUACAUUGUAUUAUCAUCGUGAAUUUGUCAUUUCAAAAUCAUUGGAACUUUCAAAAGAUAUGAAAGGAACUAGGCGACUUAAAAAGAUUUUCCGGGCAUUCUUGAAGGCACGUUAAAUAAGCAAAAAAAAAUAUUAGAUACGAUUUCUAGGUACCCCAACAGUAAUGAUUUAUAGCACCGGUCCAGGCGUUAUGAGCAAAGAAAAUUUCAGAGUUCGCGCCCUAGGGCAUUCAGCGAAAUGUCACGACCGAUAAUUUUUUGGACGAAAAGCCACGAAAAAUCCCGAGAAAAAAUUCUCGAGAAAUUGUUGAUCGAUCCGGCCGGCAGAAAGUGCGGUUUUGGUUUUGGACGUUUUGUUCAUGUUUAUUGAGCUCGUUCCUGCAAAAAAUUCUUUGAAUUUUAUAAUAUUGGCAUGAUUUGAAUUUCAGGAUUCUCCAGUACCAUAUCGGAGAAGAUUGUUCAGCUUGAGCGCACUUCCUGUUUCUAAUUCUCAGACCUUACUAACCAAUAGAAUUUAUCAGUCGGUUCUCUUUCAGAGGACCCAAAAUUGAACCAACCCUGAAGCAUUCACACGUAAAUAGCAAAGUAAGACAUUCUUUUCUCCGUGAUAGCGUUUUGCAGGUUUAACAACUAUUUCUUCUUUUUCAGGACUCGGCCUAUAACCGCAACCAGCGGUCCAUGUCGCUGGGCGGCCCGGCUCAUGAGUCUUUGCUGUGCAUGCAGCCAUCGAAAACAAUUGAAGUUAGCCGGGGCAAAAAUGGUAAGGUUUUAAUUUUAUUUUUUGAAUUUAGGUAAUUAAUACGAUUCAAAACGAGAAGAAAAGAAACAUGUAUGAGUAAUUUUAUUAUCUACUUUUAGGUGUCUUUGUGGUGCUUUUGGUGGAGAAUACUCGAUUUAUUGUCGAUCCCCAAGUUUUAUUGAGUAAGCCAGAUACGAUGUUGGGCAGGAUGUUUGCCCUACGAUCACAACAAGAAAAGAACAAGACCGAUCUGGUCAGACCGAAUGACCAGGAUGAGUACGAAGUUGCGGAUGGGAUCAGUGCCAACUGUUUUAAAGGUGUUUUGGUACGUCUUAGUAGGUGUUGAAAAAUGUGUUUAGGAUUAUUAUCAUCACGGAUUCAUUAGAGUCCCGCCGUCAGUGAGUGUAUCCGAAUUGAGAGAGGCGUGUGACUACAUGUUGAUUCCGUUUGGUGUAGAUACGGUCAAAUGCCAAGACCUGAGGGGGUUAUUACAUGAAUUGAGUAAUGAUGGAGCAAGAACACAGUUUCUUGUUUUUCUCGAGAAUGUUAUACUUCCUCAACUGGUUAUCAGUGCUGACGUAUGUAAUGAUUUGUGAUGAAUAGCUGUACGUUUAGAGAGGAGAUAGGGAGUGUCACAUUGUUGUACUUUUGGAUGAUGAUAUCGUUGAAUGGGAUCAAGAAUAUCCACCCCAAAUGGGCGAAGAUACCAGUCAAGUGGUCUACAGUACCAAUUUAUACAAAUUCUUUAAAUACGCAGAGAAUCGAGAUGUAGCGAAGCAAGUUUUGAAGGAACAUGAACUCAAGAAGAUCAGAUUGGGGAUUGAGGGAUAUCCAACUCACAUGGAGAAAGUGAAAAGACGUCAGAACAAAGCCGAAGUUAUUUACAACUAUGUCCAACGACCUUUUCUACAUUGUUCUUGGGAGAAGGAGGAGGCUCGCUCUCGGCAUGUCGAUUUUGCUUGCCCCAUCGUAAAGUCCAAGUCAAAUCCAAGUUUGGCGACGGCUUUCAGUGAUCCAUUGCCUCAGGUAAUAAUUUUUUUCGGUAGAUUUUUUGUAAUUGCGGGGAUGCAGCGCUUUUAUCUUUUUACGAUUAAACAAACGUGUUUUAGCCGGCACCACUUCAAAAUAAUGGACAGGCCCAGCAAAACGAAGCUGCUCCACCAGCACAGCGGCCUCAUAUUGACGAUGGAAUACCAGUGGAAGAUCCCUUAAGAUUAGGAGUAGAGGAAUUACAGAUCGGCCAACAGGUAAUCUCCAUUGUAAUAUUAAUACCAGAAUUCAGAGAGCCCAGCCCCUCCGAUCGCCUCCAGUACAAGCCCGGCAAUUGGAUAAUCAAGAAGUUGACGACUGA